CAUCAGUAGAGAUAACAUCAAGGAAGGGUUUUGCAGUGGUUUUGACUCUUCUCUAUCCUUUCUUCUCCCAAAACCCUAAUCAAAAUCCCUCCUUUUUUGAUUCCAAUCAAUCCCCAAUUGAUACCAACUGGCGUCCUUAGCACCUUCGUUCCUUCUAAUCCCUCCAUUCCAUGCCCAUGGUCAAUGGAGGAGGAUUCAAGCAAGAAGGAGUCCUUCUCCCAAGGUUUCUCUUUUGAAUUUUGGCUCUUCAGUCGCUGGUUCACUGGCAGUGAAGAACAAGCGCAAAGGUCUCAUCUUUUUGAUGAAUCCAAGCUCUUCAAAAGGAGUUGGGGAAUGGAUGGUCUUUAGCUCUCUUCAUUCUUCUUCGUUUCCUCUUGGUUCGGAGCCUUCGGAGCCAGAGAGCUCUUUUCCAGUGGUCUUUUCACAAUUGGGUCCAAUGCAAUCUCCUUUGUUGUUAGAUCCAGUUGCGGAUUAUUCUAUGGAAGAGAUGGAUUUUCAGUUUUGGAGAAAGGGAUUGUCACUUGAAAGAGUUUUCCAAGAAGACCCACCUUGGAUUUUAUCCAAUUAUGCUGAACAGAUUGAUCUUUCGUUGAGUUUUGAGAAGUUUGAUGCCAAGAGGAUGGAUAGGUCAAAGUAUAAUAAACUCCGGAGGAGGCAGGUGAAGGUGGAGACCGAAGCAUGGCAAAAGGCAGCCGAGGAGUACAAAGAAUUGGAAAGAGAGAUGCUUGAUAAGAAGCUUGCCCCUAGUUUGCCUUAUGUGAAGUCCUUGUUUUUGGGGUGGUUUGAGCCUUUGAGAGAUGCUAUUGAGAAGGAGCAGAAGUUGCAGAAGGUUAAGAAGCAGAAGGCUGCUUAUGCGGCUCAUAUUGGUUUGUUAUCAGCUGACAAGCUCGCGGUCAUUGUGAUGCAUAAAAUGAUGGGGCUGUUGAUGACUGGACAGGAAGAGGGGUGUGUUAGGGUUAUUCAAGCAGCUUUCCAUAUUGGUGAGGCCAUAGAGCACGAGGUGAAGAUUCAUGAUUUUCUUCAAAUGACAAAACGAUCUGGAAGGAGAAAAAAGCAACCUGAUAAAAGUGUUGUUUUCAACAAAGAGCAAGAAGUCCUUAGGAAACGGGUUGUGGAUAUGGUAAAAAUGAAAAAAUUUGGUGAAGUGCAAAAACUUGUGAAAGAUGAGGUUACUGUUGAGCCUUGGGGCCGGGAUGCCCAAGUUAAGUUGGGAAGUCGGCUGAUAGAAUUAUUAACUGAAUCAGCUUAUGUACAAUCUCCACCAAGCCAAUUAGCAGAUAGUUUGCCAGAAAUUAGACCUGCAUUUAGACAUGUCUUGAAAACCAUCACCAGGGAAGAUGGUGGAAAAUUAAGGAGGAGAUAUGGAGUGAUAGAAUGUGAUCCCUUGGUCCACAAGGGGCUUGAUAGCACGGCUACACACAUGGUGAUUCCUUACAUGCCAAUGUUGAUACCUCCCAAACGGUGGAAGGGGUAUGACAAAGGUGGGCAUUUGUUCUUACCAUCAUAUGUCAUGCGUACACAUGGAUCAAGGGAACAACAAGAUGCAAUUAAAAGCACCCCUCGAAAACAGUUGCAGAAGGUUUUUCAGGCACUAGACACGCUUGGAAGUACAAAAUGGAGGGUAAACAAAAGAAUACUUGAUGUGGUAGAGAGCCUGUGGAGUACAGGUGGUGGAAUUGCUGGUCUUAUUGACCGGGAGGAUGUGCCUUUGCCAGAAAGACCUAAUUUAGAUGAUCUAGCUGAGCUCCGGAAAUGGAGAUGGAACACUAGAAAAGUUAAGAAGACCAACUCUGAGAUGCAUGCUCAGAGAUGUGAUAUAGAACUUAAACUCUCUGUGGCACGCAAAAUGCGGGAUGAGGAAAACUUGUAUUAUCCCCAUAAUCUGGAUUUUCGUGGCCGGGCGUAUCCUAUGCAUUCCCACCUGAACCAUUUAAGUUCAGAUCUAUGCCGAGGAAUCUUGGAGUUUGCGGAAGGAAGACCACUUGGGAAGUCUGGGUUACGUUGGCUAAAGAUACAUUUGGCAAACCUCUAUGCUGGAGGUGUUGAAAAAUUAUCACAUGAUGGAAGGUUGGCAUUUGUCGAGAAUAGUUUGCCUGAUAUAUUUGAUUCAGCGACCAAUCCUGUUGAUGGAAACCGAUGGUGGCUAAAUGCUGAAGAUCCUUUCCAAUGCUUAGCUGCAUGUAUAAAUCUUUCAGAUGCCUUGAAAAGCUCAUCUCCCCAAAGCGUCGUUUCCCAUUUGCCUAUUCAUCAGGAUGGUUCUUGCAAUGGUUUGCAACACUAUGCAGCUCUGGGAAGAAAUUCUCUAGAGGCAGCUGCAGUCAAUCUAGUUGCAGGGGAUAAACCUGCUGAUGUAUAUUCAGGAAUAUCUGCCAGAGUUCUGGAGGCUGUGAGAAGGGACGCCCAGAAGGAUCCAGCUGCUGGUCCAACCGCCGCACUUGCCAAGCUCCUAGUUGAUCAGGUGGAUAGGAAGUUAGUGAAGCAGACUGUAAUGACAUCCGUGUAUGGUGUUACAUAUGUUGGUGCUCGUGAGCAAAUCAAAAGGAGAUUGGCAGAGAAGGGACAGAUUGAGGAUGACGUGUUACUGUUUAGUGCAUCCUGCUAUGCUGCUAAAGUGACAUUGAAUGCUCUUGGUGAGAUGUUUGAAGCUGCGCGUAGUAUUAUGAAAUGGCUUGCUGAUUGUGCGAAGGUGAUUGCUUCGGAGAAUCAACCUGUUAGAUGGACGACUCCUCUUGGUCUACCCGUUGUUCAGCCUUAUCGAAAUAGCGAAAGACAUCAAGUACGAACUUCGCUUCAAGUUUUGGCAUUACAGCGGGAGGGUGACAUGGUUUCAGUUAAACGGCAGAAGACCGCUUUCCCACCAAAUUUUGUACACUCUCUUGAUGGUUCUCAUAUGAUGAUGACUGCCAUCGCUUGCAGAAAAGCCGGCUUACAUUUUGCAGGGGUUCAUGAUUCUUUUUGGACACAUGCUUGUGAUGUGGACACCAUGAAUCAAAUUCUAAGGAAGCAGUUUGUGGAGCUCUAUGAAAUUCCUAUACUUGAGAAUUUGCUCGAGAGUUUUCAAACAUCCUUUCCGACAUUAACAUUCCCACCUCUGCCAGAGAGAGGUGAAUUCGACAUGAGAAAUGUCCUCGACUCACCUUACUUCUUCAACUAAUUUCUUCAGCAAACAAUUCUCCGCUCAUGUAAUCAGCAAGCGAACGACCUCAAAUCAUUUUUUGAAGCAGGUCAUUUGUUCGCAUACCAUGUAACGGCGAAAGAUACAAGAGGACAUGUACAGUAAGCUGAAAACAUCACAAGCAAUACAAUGCACACUCUCCGGUCGAUGAAUAAAUCGUAUUAUGCUCGAGAAUUUUCUAAAGCUCUGAAGUAGAAACCGGGAAGCUGAAUCCUUGUAUAAUACAUCGAUCGAUCUGUUGGUCGGAAAGUUUUACAUAGAGCUCUGUUUCUGCUUUGACUCUUUUUCUCAUUUUAUUUUAUUUUAUUUUAUUUCAGAAGUUGAACUGAGAUUAGAAUAUGACUGCAAACUUUUUGUGGUUUAUGUUCAGUGAAUGAAAGUUGUGUUUCUUUCCUCAA